AACAACUUUCUACAUCAGAUGGUAACACUAUGUUAACUCUUUUCAAUUUAACGGUUUAUCAGAAUUCCCCGCAGGUUAGACGUGAACCUGCUUGGUUUAAUCGGCUACAAACCCUACUAAUGUUGAUAUCACCUCAAGAGAACUGA